GACCUACCUACCAUCUUUCCAGUCGGUGAGAUGGAUGCCCGAAGCCCUACCCAGUCAGUGUAUCAUAGCCAAGGGCUACCCAGCGUCCGAAGCCCUGGUCCUGCACCUGCAAGUGCCAGCGGAGAGUGCAGCUGCAGCAUGCGUGUUGUUUUGUCGGAUGGCUAAGUUUAGGAUGUCAAGAUUGACGUGUCUGUCCGACAAGUCAUAAUCAUUUCGGGCAAGAUGGUAUAUAAGACUUUGUCUGGCCAGGGUUCGGGGAAAGAAAUUCUCUUCCCAAUUUCCCUUCUCCCCAAUAAGGAUCUGACCUCGAUCGCGAUGGAGCUCGGAUACUCCCAGCGUACCUUCAGCCCGUAUGCAAGCCAAGCGGUGACGCUGCUUCUAGGCCCAUCAUCUGAAACACAAACGCGCUAUAUAGUCCCCAAGUCUCUCCUGAAGACAUUUCCAACCUCCCAAAUCAUCGACUCCCACCUCCCCUGCGAAUCCACCCUGCAUCUUCCCGAUAUCUCCCCGGAUAUUGGCCACACACUAGUCCACUACCUCCACACAGGCCAAUAUGAAACCCUGUCCCUAUGCCCCUCCACCGCCCAAAACUACCUCGUUGAAUACGAACGCAGCCUCGAAAGCUUCGCCACAGCCCGCGCCUACAGCCUGCACGGUCUAGCCUCCCUAGCCCAGAAGCACAUUCUCCGCCUCGGCUCCGCCCUCUCCCCGGCCGAAAUCCUCUCCGCCGUCCGCGCCAUCCACCCGAAACUCUUCAAUCCCGACACUGGCUCCGAGGACCCUUGGUUCCACAUCUACGUCGAGAGCAUCGUCCUCGCCGCCUGCCGCGAUGACGAAACCUUCCUGGUCUCGGAUGUCUUCCUCACCUCGUUCGGGAAAAAGUGCGCCGACGUGCGGUUUGAUCGCUUUCUUAUGCGGAUCGCCCUGGAUAUCGCUGUGAAGUUGGCCCGCGAGCAAAAGGAUAAGGGUAAGGGGGCUAAUGGGGGGAGUAGUCCCUUUCCCAGGCUUGGUUUGGGGUAUACGAAUGGUUAUGCGAAUGGGGGUGGACAACGCUAUGAUGCUGGCCAUGAGGGGGCUGCGAAUAUACCGGAUGAAGUUUGUUACGAGGGUUUCGGGACGUCAGCACCAUCAACGAGGGGGGGGGGUUCUCAGCGCCAGCAAGAGCACGACAAGAGCACAAGCAAGAGCACGAGCAAGAGCACGAGCAAGAGCACAAGCAAGAGCGCGAGCAAGAGCAAAUUCUCUUGGAAGAACCCCUGGAAGAAGAACAAGAACCAAGAUACGCACCCGUGAGGGAACCCGAAAACGGAGUGAUACCCGAAGACAGACUAGUAGACGACAUGAUGGAUAGACCAUUCCUCGAUGAUGAUCGCGAACCAGUCUCAGCGCCAGGACAUGAACAUGAACAUGAACCUGAACAUGAACAU